ACAUUCACUUCCGCCGUUGCAGUCGCCGCCCGCCUCGCUGCUGUCUGGCAGGGGAGGAGCCGGAGACUUGCGAGCCACGACUCUGGCUGUCGAGGUGGUCUGAGGUCCGCCCGAGAGCUCUGCUCCUUGCAAGAUCUUGCCGGUGUCAGCACGGGUUGCAGGUAAUCCAUGAGCCAGAGGGAAAGGAUUUCCAGUCAAAGGCAGACAACUUCCAAAGCGCCGAUGUACAGAUCAACCCCCAGCCAAACCAACAAGAGGAGCCGAUCGCCAUUUUCUACCACACGUCGGAGAUGGGAUGGCAGCACAAGCUCGGGAAGCAGCCUGAAUGUUGAUGAUGAGGACUGUUCCAGGUACCAACCAAGAGAGUACCGUGCUUCAGGUAGCAGAAGAGGAUUGACUUAUGGACAUGUUGACUGUUUGGGGGCAGAUGAUAGUGAGGAGGAGGGGGCUGGGCCUGGUGAGAUUGUGCCGGUGAGAGGGAAGACUGGCAAGUUUAAAGAUGAGAAUCUGUAUGAUCAAGAUAAAGGUGUGAGGUCUUUGCCUGGUGUGACCACACAGUUUUCUGAUUUUAACCAUGAUGUGAGAGAGGAGCUUGGCAAACUUGACCCAGAUCCUGGGGCAAGAUGCUCUACCAGUAGGGCUGAGUUCCUGCAACAGAAUAGAAUGGGGUCACAGGCCCACAUUGAAAGCAAGAUAGCCACAAAUAGCCAUGUUGAGAGGGAGAGAUGGGUACAGAAUGUACCCAUCUGCCCCAGCAGGGCUCCUGUAAGUAUUUGUGGUGGUGGGGAAAACCCCCAACAGAGUUCAGAAGAACCGGUAGUGAGACCCAAAGUCAGAAAUCUAGCCAGCCCAACCUGCAUAAAGCCAAAAGUAUUCUUUGAUACCGAUGAUGAUGAUGAUAUGCCACAUAGUACUUCUAGGUGGAACAACACUGAUGAAGGCCGCUCAGAUGGCUUAGCAAGAAGAAGCAGAGAAGAAAGUUCAAUUAGCUACUCUGAGCUGAAAUACCCCGAAGACAAGAGAGAUGGCAGAAAUGAGCAAGUGAAGCCAGAAAAAUUGCAGAGACAACGUCGAUCCAUGGCUGACCCUGAUUUCUGGACGCACAGUGAUGACUACUACAGAUUCUUUGAGGAGGAUGAUGAUGAUGACGAUGACUCCGAUAGUGAUAGAGAAUGGAUUGAGGCUCUGCGACAGAAAUAUCGAGUUCGUGGGCACACUCUGUCCUCCAGUGGUGGAAGUUGGGAAACUCUGCCAGGGAGAGAAGAACCUGAACCUGAUCAAGCCAGAGUGAAUACCAGUACUGGUGACACCCCCAGUGCCACUGAUGCUUCUGGCAGCAAUGUCAGCAGUGAGCUCACAGAAGUUCAAACACCUCUUCAGGAAGAACAACAGGCAUCCCCAGAAGGUGAAAUCCCUUGGCUUCAAUUUAAUGCACAUGAGAGCAGCAGUGAGGGUGAGAAUGAUUCUGGUCAGGAUCUUUUGCAGUCUGGAGUAUUCAUGCUUGAUGGAAAUAAUAACCUUGAAGAUGACUCUAGUGUCAGUGAAGACCUUGAAGUAGAUUGGAGCCUCUUUGAUGGGUUUGCAGAUGGUCUUGGGGUGGCUGAAGCCAUUUCAUAUGUGGAUCCUCAGUUCCUUACAUAUAUGGCUCUCGAAGAACGCCUGGCUCAAGCUAUGGAAACAGCACUUGCUCACUUGGAAUCUCUGGCAGUGGAUGUAGAGGUAGCAAAUCCGCCAGCAAGCAAGGAGAGCAUCGAUACUCUCCCUGAAAUUCUAAUCACAGAAGAUCACACCACAGUGGGAGAGGAAAUGUGCUGUCCAAUAUGCUGCAGUGAAUAUGUGAAGGGAGAGGUGGCAACAGAGCUCCCUUGUCACCAUUAUUUUCACAAGGCAUGCGUUUCUAUCUGGCUUCAGAAGUCAGGCACCUGUCCUGUGUGCCGCUGCAUGUUUCCUCCCCAGCUGUGAGGCCAAAGCUCUUUACUUUGGUCUGAUGAUGGUUUUCCCCAUCUGAAAAAUCCACCAUACUGCAGGAGCCCUUUCAGAAUUAACAAUUAAAAUCAAAUCAGUCGAUUAAUAUACAACUGUUGAUUCCUUGUGAUUUCUAUUGUGAAAGGAGUCUUGUGUGUACUAUUUCAUUUAAAAAUCAUAUGAUCUCUUAGGAGUUAGAAGGGAAAAUUAAACUUUCAAAAUUCUACUUGGAACUUCAAAAAUAGGGUCUGUUUUCUAACCUGAAACAUUGAAAUAAGUUCAGUUGUUUUCUUCAGUAGAAUAUAUUGCUGUUAACUGUAAGGUCAAGUUUAUCUGUUAACAAUGUCCAAAUGGUAUCAUCAUUUCUGUUGCAUGUUAAGGAUUAAUGUUCCUGUAAUACCAGUGCCGUAAAUUCUUAUUAAAGGUCUUUUGGUUUUACACUG